CACCCUUAUCUUAAGAAGUACACACAGCUUGCAGACAACAGCAUAUCAAUGGAAACUUCGUUCUUCUUCUUCUUCUACUUUUUGCUUUUCAUUUUCUUUCUUUUCCUCAAAAACUAUUUGCAGAAAAUUAACAAAAAACUCCCACCAAGCCCCUCUCUUUGUUUCCCAGUCAUAGGCCAUCUCUACCUCUUCAAAAAACCCCUCCACAGAACACUUGCCAAACUCUCCAACAAACAUGGACCAAUAUCAUAUCUCCGAUUCGGCUCCCGCCCGGUCCUCCUCGUAUCUUCACCGUCCGCGGCUAAGGAAUGCUUCACCAAAAACGACAUCACUUUUGCCAACCGCCCUAAGUUCCUCGCAGGAAAACACCUCGGAUACAACUACACCUCCCUCACCUGGGCCUCCUACGGCUCCCACUGGCGCAACUUGCGACGCAUAACCUCCCUCGAGUUAUUGUCGUCCAACCGCCUUCAGAUGUUUCACGGUAUCCGUGCAGAUGAAGUUAGGUCGUUGAUUUGCCUGCUUUUCCGAGGUUCUAACGGCCGUGAAUUUCAGAGUUUCGAGAUGAAGUCAACGUUUUUUGAGCUGACACUUAAUGUUGUGAUGAGGAUGAUUGCCGGAAAGCGGUACUAUGGCGAGCAUAUGGCGGAUUUGGAGCAAGCAAAGCGGUUUAAACAGAUCGUGACGGAAAGCUUUGAGCUUAGCGGGGUUACGAAUAUCGGAGAUUUUGUGCCUGUUUUGAAGUAUUUGGGAGUAACGGGGCUUGAGAAGAAGUUGGUGAUAUUGCAGAAGAAAAGGGAUGGAUUCAUGCAAGAUUUGAUAGAAGAACAUAGAAAAUUGCAGAGUGGAUCUGUUUCUGAACAGAGGAGGAAGACAAUGGUGGAAGUUUUGCUUUCCCUGCAAGAAACUGAACCCGAAUAUUAUACAGAUGAGAUCAUAAGAGGCAUCAUGCAAGUCAUGUUAUCGGCAGCGACAGACACCUCAUCAGGAACCAUGGAAUGGGCUCUAUCCCUUUUGCUCAACAACCCAGAAGCCCUUGCAAAAGCCCAGGCUGAAAUUGAUAUCCACAUUGGACAAAGCUGCAGGCUUGUUGAGGAAUCAGACCUUCCCAAGUUACCCCAUCUCCAAGGCAUCAUAAACGAAACCCUCCGAAUGUACCCAGCAGGCCCACUGCUAGUCCCCCACGAAUCAUCAGAUGACUGCUCUGUGGGCGGCUUCCACGUCCCACGUGGAACCAUGUUGUUAGUGAACAUAUGGGCCAUACAACAUCAUCCAAAGUUGUGGGCACAACCUGACCAAUUUAAGCCAGAGAGGUUCCAAAACCUGCAAGAGGCAAGAGAUGGUUUUGUUUGGUUGCCAUUUGGGGCGGGGAGGAGGGGCUGCCCCGGGGAAGGCUUAGCGACUCGGAUAGUCGGGCUGGCUCUAGGAUCAUUGAUUCAGUGUUUUGAUUGGGAGAGAGUUGGCGAGGAAAUGGUGGACAUGAGUGAAGGUACUGGUCUCAGCAUGCCUAGAGCUCACCCAUUACUCGCAAAGUGUAGGCCACGCCCAAAAAUGCUUGCCCUGCUAUCUCAACUCUAAAUGGGCCAAUGCAUGUUUUCGUACCCCGUUCUCUAAUAACAACCGAUAUUCCAAAAUAUAGAAGCCAUGUCCAUCAUGUGAAAGCUUUCUUAACCUAAAUCCCCUUCUAUUGGGAUUUAGGUUUUGUUUUGAGUUGUCAUCUUUUAUUUACAAUAUCAGUCUUUUGUCUA